AUGAGCUCCUCGUCCCUUCCGGAUCAUUACAAGGUUCUCGGUGUUGCCAAGGAUGCUCAGGAAAAGGACAUUCGCACGGCCUAUCGCAAGCUUGUCUUGAAGUGUCAUCCCGACAAGGUGCAGGACCCGACGCUCAAGGCACAGAAACAGGAAGAGUUCCAAAAGGUCCAGCAGGCAUAUGAGCUGCUGACCGACGAAGAGGAGCGGAAAAAGUACGACGACCAGAUCAGAUUGGCCGAAUUGAGAGAGCAGCUGCGCAAGACUGCCGUUUCGACCCCGCCGCGAUCAGCCUCCAAGACCAGAUUUAGCACCUUUGAAGUUCGAACUGCCGACCCGCAUCGCGCCUCGUCCUACAAGGCGGCCCCUGGCGUCCCCCCCUCAGCCUCAAAAUCAUAUGCGCAAUCGCGAUCCUACGAAGAUGAUCUGCCCUACAGCCAUCGGGUAUACCAGACUAGCUCUUCGCGCACAAGGAGAGGGGAUACUACCUACCGAGAACGAGAACGAGAAAGAGAACGUGAACGAGAACGUGAACGUGAACGCGAAAGGGAGCGCGAACGUGAGCGCGACAAGGAUAGCAAAGAGCGCGAGCGCAGAAGGAAAGCCGACAAGGAAGAGGCCGCUCGCCGCGCUGAGAGGGAUGCCAAAGACGCUCGCCGAGAAAAGAAGACCAAGGAGAAGAAGGACGACAAGAAGAAGCACGCAAAGUCGGCAACUGCUUACGAUGACUUUAGCGACGAUAACAUUCCCAUCCCUAAAUCCGACAAGAAGAAGGCGAGCAAAAAGUACGAUGACAAGCAGCGAGACCGAGAUCACCGUGACGCUAUUCCCAUAGUGUCUCCUCCCCUUGUCCAGUCUUAUCCUGACUACGUUACAAGCAAGUAUGAGCCUGUGCGAGCUGCGCCAGUCGCUGCAGAGCCGUCUUCGUCCUGGGAGGAUACCCACGCCAAGUUGCAAGAUGCUGCCUCUUACAUUAAUAUGACUCGGGCCAAGGAGGGCAAUCUUAGUGGUCCUAAGCGGUCUGUGACUUACAGCCACCACAUGAACCAGCCUCCCGCUGUCCCAACUCCCCCACCUGCUCCCAACCAAACGUCUCCUUUCCCCGUCCCCGAGGAAGAUGACGCUCGUCGUUCAUCGGCGGCGGCGCGACCUCGCCGUGGCUCGACGGAAAGCAAUCGUGCCAAAUACAGAAAGUCAUCGCGAGAACCCGUCGCUGACUCUGGUCCCAUGGGCUCCCCACGCCACACAUCCCAUCCGACAAUGUCUGGCUCCCCCCCUCAUUUGUCGAGGACAAACACCAUGCCGGCUGACCCAAGCAGCUAUGCGAGAGCUGUGCCCAUCACUCGUUCUAAAACCUACAAUUAUGGAGAAGGAUUCGAAGUUCGCGGACGGAAUCGUUCACGCUAUACCGCGCAAAUCAACGAAGAGGAUGAUUCAGAUGACUAUCACCAGGCAAGAGAUCGCAGAAACCGUGCCGGCAGGAGAGAUCAAUCCAUGGACCAAGGUUAUACAGAAACCUCUCGAUACGCUGGAUACGAGAGUGGCCGACAGCCAUCGUAUAGCCGUCGCGCAGAGCCUGAGCAGGAUCGAUAUGCCUAUUACGCUGCUGGCCACAGUGACGGCCGACCUUCCAUGCCAACCCGUGAAAGCGGCUACUCUACUUCGGCCGGAUCCGCGCAAUUUUCCAAGGUCAAGACCAACAAGAACUACUCGUACGAGGAUGCGCAUUACACCCACUAUCAAACCCCCAAGUCGCGCGAAGAAUAUUCUACGUACGCUUGA